AUGGUUGACUCUACAUCAGCAAAGAGAGUCGCUCUGAGCAGGUACAUCAGGAAGCUUUUGGCAUACUGGUCUACCUCAUUGCCAAAAAAAGUGAAGAGCGCAUGGGGAAAAUUUGUGGCUCCCUCUAAAAGACCUCGGCAUCAUGCUCGAGGCACCUUCAAUAAAAGACUUUGGUAUUGCACCGAGGUACCUUUAAUAAAAGACCUCGGCGUCGCGCCUAAGGCACCCUCUAAAAGACCUCAGCAUCGCGCCUCAGGCACCUUCAAUAAAAAAGACCUCAGCGUUGUGCUCGAGGCACCCUCUAAAAAGAUCUUAGCAUUGCACCCGAGGCACCCUUCAAAACACCCCAUGGUAUGGCGCCCACAACGCCUCUUGAAGGUCCGUGAUAGUGCACUGAAGCAUCCACCAAAAGGCAACAGCAACCAAGAAGGAACGCUUUGAUGCAACAUGAAGCUGAAAGGAUGAUAUUUGAUGAGUUUUCAUAGAGAUUGAUGCUUUGGGAAUUUUGGAUAAAAUAGAGAAAAGAUGGCAGAAGAUCACUUCAGUUAGAGCGUGCCCACGGCAUAUUCCAGAAAUCCGAAUUUGUGAAAAGAAGCUUAAAGUGAUACUAUUUGCCAUGUGACUUUUUAAUUUAUUUUUGGGAAUGUUUAUU